CCUACACACACGGAAGCUCUGUGGCCCCCACGCCAGGAUGUCCGACACCUGGGUCCCAGGCCUCGUACCCACGUUGCUGCUCAGCCUGCUGGCUGGCCCCCAACAGGCUGCAGCCAAAUGUGGUCUCUUCUUCACCUGCCCCAGAGGAUUCAAAUGCUGUGGUGACAGCUGCUGCCAGGAGUAUGAGCUCUUCUCCAGUCCCCUGAGGAUCUUCGUCAUCACCUUCCUCAUCAUCCUCCCCCUCCUGUGCAUCUGCUGUCUCGCUAAGCGGUUCUGUCGCAGCUGCAGAGAACAGGAGCAGGACCCCCCAGCGGAUCACCAGGGGCCCCCGGAGCCGCCCUCCAUCGCCCCCCCAGAGAGGGUCAGGACGUCCACCUCUGAGCCCCCACCCCCCUACAGCGAGAUUAUUCUGAAGCCCGUCCUGCCCCCCAUGGAGCCACCCCCUCCCUACAGUGUCAGGCCUGAAGAAUAUUCGGGGAUGCCCAGGGGCAUCGACAACCCAGCCUUCUGAGCCACCUCCUGCCUGGAGCUACGACAUCAUCGGCCACCUCCUCCCCAGUGCUUCCUGGAUCAAGCCAGAGACUCUUGGGACCCCCGUGAUGCCCCCAUCCGUCCUGCCAUGUCUCUUGCUGUUCUUGGUUUUAACUUAUUGCUUUUCCCGCUCCACCACCAGCCGCCUCUGUUGUCCUGAGUGCCGGUCAGAAGUGUCAGCGGCCACCCCCCAACCCCCAUCCCAAGUGAGAGGCUGCCAGGAGGAACAUGUCAACGCUUGGAGGUGCCUGACAAUACAAUGGGCCACUCUGAGGAGCGGAGAGAACCCCAUUUCUGGGGGGUAUACAAAUCCUGGCUGGGCAGCCAGCUCCGAGAUAUUAUAGAGGGCACUCCUGUUUCGUGCGCGAUUGGACUGCGUGGGCUCUGAGCCACCCCUGGGUCUACCUGAAUAGGGAAGACCCCAUUGCCCCCUACCCCCGAACGUGUACUCACUAAACCUGAGCUGAUCGUCA